UCUUAACGAACAAAAUAGAAAAAAGAUGAGUACAUGGGGAGGGUGAACGAGAGUUACAAGACGACACUGAUAAAUAAAAGACCAUUACUCGAUCAUUUUGUGUUUCGUAUUUCAAUCAUCAAUGGCACAUUGCUCCACAACCAAGACACCAUCAUCUCUAAUUUCGCAUAUUUUAUAUGCAUAUGUGCAUACGUUACAUGUCGUGUAUCGAUCUCUUGCUUUACUCAUCACUAGUUUGAUCACGUUUUCAUUUUAAUAUUAAAGUUAAAGUAAACCAUCUUUUUGACCCAUCUUACAUGUCCAGAUGUAUGUUGACAAUAAGAAUUUGAUUUUUGUUUUCCUUGUCGAAAACGAAAUUUUUGUUCUGUCUUCUUGUAAAUAUAAUCAAAAAGUGAAAUAGCUUUAUAUCUAAAUCAGUUUCUUUGAUCUAAAAAUGUUUUCUGUCACUUUCCAUUAUUUUGGCACCACAAAUUUAAAGAUUAUUAUGAAAAUAUAAAAAGAAUGCGAAUAAUAUUUCCUUUUCAAGUAUAUGGAGUUUUUAAUUGAAUAAUCAUAUAAUCUGAUUUUGAUAAUGUUUUGGAAAAUAAGAAACAAAUAACGAGAAACGCAAGGGAGGUCCACGCAUGCCAAUAUGAGCUUUAGUCCAAUGGUAAACUCUCUUAAUCGUGGAAUUGUAUAACAAUAACUGAACUGCGAAUUUUUUAAAAAUUUGCGCAUAACUAAAACUGUGGAAUAAUUUUUUUUGUAAGAUUACAUAAAUUUUGCUGCAUAAAGAAAUAAUUGUUAUAUUAAUCAAGAUAUUUGUAUUCUAUUUAACUUAUUAUAAAUCUAACAAAUAUUAAUAUAUAAACUAACUAUUACAAAAUUUUAAAACAAAUUAAAUUAUUAAAAUUAUUCUAAUUUUUAUUAUAAUUAUUUAGCUUAUUUUAAUACAUAAUAAAUUGACAUCUUAUAACAUUAUAAAAUCAAAAACGAUUGUAUAACUUUAUUAAUAACAUAACUAUAUAUUAUUUAAAAAUGUAUUAGUAUUUAUUUAGAAGCUUAAAAUUUUAUUAUCACAUAAUUAAAUAUUAAAAAGAGUUGAUUCUGCAAAUAGUUAUAAGACUCAAUGUUCAUAGAUUUGCGCUUUUAUGUUUUGUUUUCUCAUUCCGAAAAAUUUAUUAAUUGGCAAAAUACUUAAAAAAUUGCAUUUUAAUCGUGAUUCUGCAAUUCACCUCCCCCCCCCAUCCCUUCCCAAAGAAAAAUAAAAGAAAUACGGAAAAAUUCUGAAGAUUACAUCGAAUAAAUAAACCAAAACACCGGAAAUAUGGAAUUUCUCUUCUGGAGAAAGAACAACAUUGUCAAACGAGAACUAGACAUGGAUCUUUAUCUCUGGAUAAUUUUAUAUAUUUGGAAGAUCUGAAAUGACAAACUCUUUAGGGGUUUGGAUGGAUAGCUUUGGGAAGAUUCAACUUACGGGGACAUGAAAUUACAUUCGACGCGAAUUUGUCUUGCAUUUAGAAGUAGAAGCACUGCGAUGGGCGAUGGAGAAUAUGCUUCAACACUCAACAUGCCAGAGCUUUGAAACAUAUUGUAAGGAGCUGAUCGCUAUGAUUAAAGAGUCACAUGUUUGGCCAAGCUUUGCAACAAAAUUGGAGAGUAUAGAGACUCUGCAGGUAUGUUUCCCAUACUUCAAAAUCACUUAUAUUCUACGAUCGCAAAAUCUGAUUUCUGACUCUUUAGCUAAGACUACGAGGUCUUUCUAUAGAGAGCUUUAUUUUAUUGGUUGUUCGAUUUCGGUAUGCCUUAAGUUUGAGGAAUAGAAUAGUCGUUCGUUGUCAAAGAAAAAUAAACCAAGGCUCUGAAUGGUAACAACGGAUUGAGCGGUGAGUUUUAACAGUUAUAAAAACGUACAUAUAGUAUAUGCAAAGAUUUUUGUUACUGUUAACUGCGUUGCAGUGCGGGGCGGAUUAAAACAUUAGAAGCCCAAAACUCUAAUAAAUAAGCGUGACGAGAAAACGCACUUUGUAUAAAAUAACAAGAGUGGGCAAAGAAACACUAAAAAAUCUUUUGAGUUUUUAACUUCAUACUAUUUAUUAAUGCUUAUUUUUGACACUUGCAUGGUGUGUACCUCUCGUUUAUGUUCUUAGCACACAAGUGAGGUUAUUUAAGAAACCCGAAACUUUUGAUUUUUGUUUUCUUUGGGGGCAAAAGAUUAGAUUAUUCUUAGCUUAGUUCUCUCAUCGUAAUCAAUGGAAGUCAACAACGAUACUAUGCAAAAGUCAAAGUUUGGAAGAAUCUGUGUGUUUUGUGGAAGCAGCCAAGGCAAGAAGAGUAGCUACCAAGAUGCUGCUGUGGAUCUAGGCAACGAAUUGGUUUCAAGGAACAUUGAUCUAGUCUAUGGAGGUGGAAGCAUAGGUUUGAUGGGUAUUGUUUCACAAGUUGUUCAUGAUGGUGGUCGUCAUGUUAUUGGAGUUAUUCCCAAGACACUCAUGCCUAGAGAGUUGACGGGUGAAACAGUAGGAGAAGUAAGAGCAGUUGCAGAUAUGCAUCAAAGAAAAGCAGAGAUGGCUAGACACUCUGAUGCUUUUAUUGCCUUACCAGGUGGAUAUGGAACACUUGAAGAACUGUUGGAGGUCAUAACAUGGGCUUAACUUGGGAUACAUGACAAACCGGUGGGUUUGCUUAAUGUUGAUGGAUACUACAGCUCGUUGCUCUCCUUCAUUGAUAAAGCUGUUGAAGAAGGAUUCAUCAGUCCAAACGCACGCCAGAUCAUAAUCUCUGCACCUACGGCUAAGGAGCUUGUAAAGAAGCUUGAGGAAUAUUCACCUUGUCAUGAAAGUGUUGCUUCUAAGCUUUGUUGGGAGAUCGAGCGGAUUGGCUACUCUUCUGAAGACUGAUUACUAAUCAGGAUCCAUAAACAUAUAACUAUUGAAUGUCAAGAGAUUUCUAUAUAGAUCUUACUUAAGGAAGGAAACAUAUUUUUAAAGAUCUUAGAAACUUUUGAUUAUA